CGCUCCUAUGAGCGCACAAUUUUAGGUCGGACUUCUGCAUUUAAGUUUGCGGCGAGGUCUGUUUGUCUAGAACUUUUAUAAACUUGAUUAUAUUAUUUUCUUACAGGUUUGGGAUUAAAAUCGUUUUAGAGGCGUGAGGAGCAGCAGAAUAAAAUAUUGCCAUUUUUUUCCGUUUGCAAGGUGCGGACGUGAUUAAAGUGCUCGAGCUAUUGUGCACAUGUAUCUGUGACAUUUGAAAGUGAUUUUAUUCUUCCUGUAAGAGACAGUCUGUGUUGAAGAUGGAACCAGGAGCUAAAAUGCACAUGAAAGAGUGGCUGAUAGCCCAGAUAGAGAGUGGGAAAUAUGAAGGACUGUGCUGGGAAGAUGAGGACAAGACUAUGUUCAGGAUCCCGUGGAAACACGCAGCCAAGAAGGACUACAAACAGACGGCGGAUGCAGCUCUCUUCAAGGCCUGGGCUGUGUACAAGGGGAAGUACAGGGAAGGGAGGGAUAAAGCUGACCCCACCAUGUGGAAGACCCGUCUUCGCUGUGCACUCAACAAGAGCACAGACUUCCAAGAGGUGCCUGAACGCAACCAGCUGGACAUCACUGAACCCUAUAAAGUCUACUUUAUCCAUCACGACAAUGUGCCAGCCAAGCCACAAGAGCCUCCCCAGAUAAAGGAUCAAGUGAUCAUCCAGGCUAAGAGGUCUCCAAGGAGCCCUGGUUUUCCGGACAAACAGCUUCCUUAUCAAAAGGAAUCAUUUCAAGCAAACAAAGAAGAAGGAAAACCAUUGACUGAGAACCUGAUGAGGGAGCACAUGUAUUGUGAGCUCGCAAGACAAAAACCUCCUGUAGCCUUCAUCAGCCCUGCAAUUACAAUAUCAGACUUUCGUAUGCAGGUGACAUUGUUGUACCAUGGCCAGAGGGUGAUGAAAUUGACCACCAGGAGCCCAGAUGGGUGCUUCAUCAUGCAGGGAAAUGUCCCCUUGGGAAAUGAACGAAUCUACGGGCCCUGUACUGCCCAGCAGCUCUCCUUCCCUUCACCAGGCUCCGUAUCCCUGCCGACAUGCUUGGCUGAAGCAAUGAACCGCCUUCUUUGUCAUCUGGAGAGGGGUGUUCUAUUAUGGGUGGCCCCAGAUGGGGUGUUUAUCAAGCGGUUCUGCCAGGGCAGGGUGUACUGGAGUGGUCCCAUGGCCCAACACACUGACCAGCCCAACAAACUGGAGCGAGAAAAGACCUUCAAACUGCUUGAUAUACCCACAUUUCUUAACGAGCUCCAGAGCUGUUUACAGGGGAAGGGCCCUUUACCUUCUUAUGAGAUUGAGCUCUGCUUUGGAGAGGAGUAUCCAGAUCCCAACGUAUCUAAAACUAGGAAGCUGAUCAUGGCGGAGGUGGUGCCCUUGUUUGCAGUGGAACUGCUGCAGAGGUUCAACUUGGGAGAGAUUGAGGAGAGUGGCUGACUCUGACCUCCAACACAGAAGGAGAGAAGAUGUAGGAAGACAAAGACAGCUACCCUGCACCAGGGUAGCCAUGAACAAUAUACAGGUGGAUUAACUGAAGCUUUAUUCCUUCCCUGUCAUUACCAUAAAAGAUAUCCUAAGAGCAGAGCAAAAAAUACAGUAUUUCUUUGUGAAGAUGUAUAUAGGAUAAAGAACAAUGGAAGUGCUGCAUUGUUGAUGUAUUCACAAUGCAUAAAGCAAAAGUAAUUUUCUUUAUUUUUGCCUUGUAUUGAUUUAUUUUCCGUCCUCCAUGCAGCUAGACUGGCAAGCGUUAUCAGUUGUUGUUGUUAUUACAGAAAACAUCUUGAUUAACCCAGUAGAACAGAAUGAUAACAUUCUAUUAAUGUAAAUAAAUGCCUAAUUUUUCUGUGAACCUAUA